CCCAAGGCCCAAUAAAACCGGGUCGGUGAUAUUAACUUCUUCUUUUUUAUUAACUUGGGUCUCUCCAUCUUUCUCAGUUCUCACUAUCUGGACACUUUCGAUUUCUGAAGUUGAGAGACGACUAUGGCGACGAACAAUGGUGAUGUCUUGAUGUUGGAGGCGACGCCGGAGGCUGCGAGGCCCUGGGCUAGUGCGGCGAAUGCAGAAGUUAUCGAUGCGCUUCCUUAUAUAGACGACGACUAUGGCAAUCCAUUGAUUAAGUCGGAGGUAGACCGUUUGGUGGAGGAAGAGAUGCGUCGGAGCUCUAAGAAGCCAGCUGACUUUCUAAAGGACUUGCCUCCUCUUCCGAAGUUCGAUUUUAAGAACUGCCCUGUUCUUGGCAAAGAGUAUGAGCGUGUUAGAGCUGGGAAGCCUCCUGUGCGGAUAGAUUUCGAAUCCCGAUACAAACUUGAAAUGCCACCUGCCAAUAAGAGGAAUGAUGAUGCUGCCUGGAAGCAGUAUCUUCAGAAGAAUCAACGGUCAUUGCAACAGAAGCUGAUUGAGCUUGAGAAUUUGGAAUUGAUGUCAAAACUUGGCCCCGAGCUUUGGAGACAGAACAACCAUCGCCUUGAAGUAUUUUUGACCAGAAUGCAAAGACUAGCACAGGAGCAGAAUGAGGAAAUUGAAAAAGUAAAUCGGGAAAGGAAGUAUCAUCAGCAAACCACAUCAUACGAGCUCAAUGCUCUAUCUCAAGAAUGGAGACAGCUCUGUGUUAAGAAUAUGGAGAUUCAGUCUGCUUGUGCCAUGCUUGAGACACAGAUCGAUUCGUUCAAGAAAGAAGCUGCUGAAAGGGGUUGGAACUUAGAAGAGAAACUAGAGAACGUCGAGCCACUUCAAAUGCAAUGAGGCGCCUCCCUUGCUCUUAAGUAACAUAGGUUCAGAGCAAAACAACUGUUGGUCAGUUUGGUUUGAGUUGUGGGUUAAGAGAAUCAAAGACGAGACAGUUUCAGUUAUUUGCCAGUUUUGUGAAAUCCUCUGCUCUCCUGUCAAGUGGUGUGUGGGACAAGUAAUUGCUUUUGAAAGUAUCGAAACUCUUUAAUUUAUCGAGCAUAACGUUUACGAUUUGAAAUACAAUAUAAAUUUUUGUAUUUAGAAACAUAUAUUCUCUCUCUAUAUUAAGAUGUUGCAUCCCUUAUUCUCCUAUAAUCAGAAUGCAGAAAAGCUCCUCCGUCC